AGAGUUUACAUCACCUAUAAAAUAUAUAUGUUUAAUCAUCAAGAACUUGCUUGACUUAAAAAAAGAAUGCAAACUAGACUCAGGAUGCUGAAAUUUAUGGUGGAUAUUGUCAUUAUACAUGAAACCAAAAUGAUUAAAUGUGCUAUUCGGCUACCAAUCCUCUCACUAAUUUUAUAAAUUUCCUAGUGGCCCUAACAUUAUAUGUAAGAAAUUAUCAUUACCCUUUUCCAUUUCCCAAUAGAUAUGCAUAUAAGCACUAGAUUAGAUAGCAGUCAAACUGUCAAACCGAAUCUUAUCUAACAUUUCUGAUUAUUAUACUAUGUUCGCUAAUAGUACUAAUCGGAGAAUAUAAUAGAUAUAUAAGCUAAUCACCUGCCCUUAUAUGCUAAACAGAAGUGCCCUACUCUUAUCACUCCCUUCCAAGUUACACAAAUAAAAAAAGAAAAAAAACCAUGGCUUCUCAUAACGCAUAUCCCAUAAAUCCAGCAUUCUUUUUGCCUCAAGUACAAUACUUGUCGUAUAAAAUCUAACAAAAGACUCCUUUUCCUUACCCUCUACAACCUAAAGCACAAGCCAGACCACGCACAAACAGGAAGCAGGUAGAGAAAGAUAUGGAAGAAAAUUACAAGCUAUGUCCAAGAAUGGAUACUGGGUUAUGCACAAGGCUAUCAACUUCUUGGAGGAAAAUGGUGACAGGCUUUAAUGAUGCAGUUUCAAAGAGCAAGAUUGGUAGAUACUUCAAGCUAGAAGCAAGAAAGAGUUCUUUUACGAACGAGUUACGUGCUGGUACUGCUACGUUCCUUACGAUGGCGUAUAUCAUCACCGUUAACGCCACCAUUAUCGCUGACUCCGGCGUUAUGUGCUCGGUCGCUGAUUGUUCUGCUCCGGUUAACCAAAUUGCUAGUCCAGACUGUGUGCUUAAGCCCAACGAUGGCUACCAAAAUUGCCUUGAAAGAGCCAAGAGUGACCUUGUUGUUGCUACGAUAUUAUCAUCCAUGAUCGGGUCGUUUGCAAUGGGAAUUCUUGCCAAUUUGCCUUUGGGUUUGGCUCCAGGUAUGGGCCCUAAUGCUUACUUGGCCUAUAAUUUGGUGGGUUUUCAUGGAUCUGGGCCUAUCUCUUAUAAGACAGCAAUGGCUAUUGUCUUGGUCGAGGGUUGUGUUUUUCUUGCAAUAGCUGCUUUUGGGCUAAGAACAAAGCUUGCUAGGCUCAUACCACAACCAGUCCGCCUCGCGUGUGCAGCGGGUAUUGGACUUUUCAUUGCAUUUGUGGGCUUGCAGGUUCACCAGGGCGUGGGCUUAGUUGGGCCGGAUCCGGCGACGUUGGUGACCGUCACAGCUUGCUCGAACACUAAUCCGGCAACCGGAGAGUGCAUUGCUGGAAAGAUGCACAGCCCGACAUUUUGGCUCAGCUCAGUUGGGUUCCUAAUCACAUGUUAUGGGUUAAUGAAGGAAAUUAAAGGUAGCAUGAUAUAUGGUAUAGUUUUUGUCACAUUAAUUUCAUGGAUCAGAGGCACUUCUGUCACAUAUUUCCCUUAUAACCCAAUUGGUGAAUCAAAUUACAAGUACUUCAAGAAAGUGGUAGACUUUCACAAAAUCAAGUCCACAGCUGGGGCUAUCAGUUUCACCAACUUUAACAGAGGUGAUGUUUGGAUAGCUUUAGCAACCUUAUUAUAUGUUGAUGUGCUAGCCACCACAGGCACAUUAUACACAAUGGCAGAAACUGGAGGAUUUGUGAAUGAUAGAGGGAGUUUUGAAGGGGAAUAUAUGGCAUUUAUGGUGGAUGCUGGCUCUACAAUUGUAGGGUCAACCUUGGGGGUUUCGCCGGUUGCAACAUAUAUAGAGUCAUCAGCAGGGAUUAGAGAAGGAGGUAAAACAGGAUUAACUGCAGUAGUUAUUGGUUUAUAUUUUUCACUAUCAUUAUUUUUUACUCCUCUAUUGACUAGUGUACCUCCAUGGGCUAUAGGGCCUUCACUAGUGAUAGUUGGGGUGAUGAUGAUGAAGGUAGUAAAGGAUAUAAAUUGGGCAGAUAUAAAGGAGGCAGUGCCUGCUUUUAUGACCAUACUUCUGAUGCCCUUAACAUAUUCUAUAGCAAAUGGGAUAAUUGGUGGAAUUGGGAUAUAUGUUGCUCUUAAUAUGUAUGAUUAUGUUGUAAGGUUAGCAAGAUGGUUAAUCAAGAUGAGAAGAAUGGUUGUAAAAGAACAAAACCAAGUGUCUGCAGCAGCUGGGUUAGAUCCUUCAGCUGAAGUUGUUUAAGUGUUAUUAGAGUUGAGUGUAGUGUAAGAGCUAAUUAAGACGUGCCAUUUAGAAGCAAGUUUUUUUGCAGCAAUUUCAUGGCUGUUUCUACUUGGAUUCCUAGAUAAAAGAAAAUUUUGCAUUUGAUUCUAUGUUAUUUUUAUUGUUGGUGAGUUGAGGAAGCAUCAAUGUUAUCAUUCCCUGAAUAUCUUAAUAGAACUUCAGUUAUAUUAA